UACGAACGUGGUUCUUAUGGUGGCGGCGGUUACCGUAACCGCCGUGGUGGUGAUGAAGGUGGCUAUGUGCGCCGUGACGAAAGCCGUGGCUAUUGGAAGGAAGGCGCUCACCACGUCGCCAAUCCCAACCCUCGCACCGAACGUGAACUGUUUGGCAGCGCCGAUGACUCUGACCGUCAGCACACUGGUAUCAACUUUGAAAAGUACGACGACAUCCCUGUCGAGGCUAGUGGCCACGAUUGUCCCGAGGCUAUCACUACUUUUGCCAGCCCUCCUCUCGACGCCCACCUGUUGAGCAACAUCGAGUUGGCUCGCUACACAGUCCCUACUCCUGUCCAAAAGUACUCGAUCCCCAUCGUCGGUGCCGGCAGAGAUCUGAUGGCCUGUGCUCAGACUGGUUCCGGAAAGACUGGUGGUUUCUUGUUCCCCGUGCUCUCUGAACUUUUCGGCAAGGGUCCACUCGAAGUGCCUGCUGAAGAGGCUGGCCGUGGCUACCGCUCCCGCAAGGCGUAUCCCACCGUCUUGAUCCUGGCCCCUACCCGUGAAUUGGUCUCGCAGAUCUUUGACGAAGCCAAGAAGUUUGCUUACCGCAGUUGGGUCCGUCCCGCUGUCGUCUACGGUGGUGCCGAUAUUGGCUCCCAGAUCCGUCAGAUCGAGCGUGGCUGCGACUUGCUCGUUGCUACUCCUGGUCGUCUUGUCGACUUGAUCGAACGUGCCCGUAUUUCGCUCGCCAACAUCCGCUACCUCGUCCUUGACGAAGCCGAUCGUAUGCUUGAUAUGGGUUUCGAGCCUCAAAUCAGACGCAUUGUCGAGAAGGAAGACAUGCCCGGCGUUGAGGACCGUGUGACGCUCAUGUUCUCUGCAACCUUCCCUCGCGACAUCCAGUACCUUGCCCGCGAUUUCUUAAAGGACUACAUCUUCUUGUCUGUUGGCCGUGUUGGUUCGACAUCCGAAAACAUCACCCAAAAGGUCGAAUAUGUCGAAGACGAAGACAAGCGCUCGGUAUUGCUCGACAUCUUGCACUCAACUGAAGUGUCUGGCUUGACGUUGAUCUUUGUUGAGACCAAGCGCAUGGCCGAUAUGCUCUCGGACUUUUUGAUCUCCAACAACUUCCCUGCCACCUCUAUCCACGGUGACCGCUCCCAGCGCGAGCGUGAACGUGCUCUUGAUUCGUUCCGUACAGGUCGCACUCCCAUCAUGGUGGCUACUGCUGUCGCUGCCCGUGGUUUGGAUAUCGCCAACGUCUCGCACGUCAUCUCGUACGAUCUUCCUUCUGACAUUGAUGACUAUGUCCACCGUAUCGGCCGUACCGGUCGUGCUGGUAACACUGGUCUUGCCACUGCCUUCUUCAACCGUGGCAACAAGAACGUUGUCAACGACUUGAUCGAUAUUUUGAAGGAAGCCAACCAGGAACUCCCCUCGUUCUUGGAGUCGAUCUCCCGUGAAACCAGAUCGUUCGGUGGCGGCCGUGGCCGUGGCCGUGGCCGUGGUGGUAGCUUUGGUGGCCGCGAUUUCCGCAAGUAUCCUCAGAACGAUAGCUUCAGCCGUGGCGGCUAUGGUGGCGGCGGCGGCGGUAGCAGCGGCGGCGGUGGUUACGGUAACGAUAACAACUACGGCGGCGGAAGCGGCUACAACAACUAUCCUCCGCUUAACAACGGCGGCGGCGGCGGCGGUAGAUCGUCGUACGCUUCUCGAGACGUGCCUCUGCAGUACCAGACCAAGACCAGCUGGUUCUAA